ACGUUGCAAAUAGAGACACGUUAAAAAUGGCCGGCUUCUCGAGUGGUCUCGUGUGUUUAUGGAGGAGCUCCCCCCUCUUUUCAACUUUUCCUUUUCUCUCUCCUCCGCUUCCCAUCCCUUCCGUUCCACGGAAAACAAUGCGAAAGCUUCCGUGCAGGAUUCCUCGAAACACGUCCUCCAAAGUUCAGAGCUUUUUACCCUCUUAUCUGUUGGGUUGGCUCCAUUGCCCAAUUCGUCGACACCCAAGUUCUGCUUUUUCUUUGGAUCGUUAGAUUCGUAGAGUAAAGGGUAUUCCGCCUGCCGACUGGUUUUGAGGAACCCAAGAAUGGCGAAUGGUGACGAGAAGAGCGAAAACUUGUACUUAGUUCUGGGGCUGAAAAAGGAUUGCACGGCUUCGGAGCUCAGGAGUGCGUAUAAGAAACUGGCCCUGAGGUGGCACCCGGAUCGUUGUUCUGCGUCAGGAACUUCAGAGUUCGCCGAAGAGGCCAAGACGAAAUUCCAGGAAAUUCAACAGGCCUAUUCCGUUCUAUCCGAUGUGAACAAGAGGUUUCUUUACGACAUUGGAGCCUAUGACAAUGAUGAUGACGAAAAUGGAAUGGGUGACUUUAUGAGCGAGAUGGCAGUUCUGAUGAGCCAAACAAAUUCAAAUGAAAGGGGGCAAUGGAGCUUCGAAGACUUACAGGAAACAUUCGAUGACAUGUUUCGGAGGGAAAUCAAGACGUCUAGAUUCGGCUCACAGAUAGUGGAUACUACUACAUCUUUGUCUUCAUGCGUUGGUUACUACGAAAGUUCUACUUCCAGCAAGAAGCGCGGUUUCACAGCAAUGAACAGCGGCAAGAAAGAGGGUGGCUGUGGCUUUGACUCACACUUUCAAAAUUUAUAUCCAGAGAUGAAGAAGCCGCGAGAUGAAGGGAAAGGAAAGGAGGUAAGAGAAGAGAGACUCGACGCUCGGAAGCGUGGGAGGAAACGGAAGGUUCCAUCUGGUGUCCCAUUAGUUCCCUAAUCCUUGUUUGUAGCAUCGAAUCACGACUUACGGUCUCGGAUUGGAGUAAUCAACUGCGGACUGUUUACCCGCAACAUUUAAUUACCACGGUAAACGUAUGUUGGGUUUCUGCAUAUUUCCUUGUGCUAGUGAGAGAACAGGGAAAUUCGAAUGUGGUGAAGGCAACAUCAAAAGUUGCACCUAACUUUUGA